ACUCCUGAAAUACUGUAUCGUCUUAUUACCAGGAAGAGGACCUACAAGAAGAACAUUUUGGUUUUGACCAGCAUGUGAGCAGUCAUAACAAAAAGUGGGGCAAAGAAGUCCUUGGACCUUCUCCAAUGGGUUGAUCCAGGGGUGUGUAACUGGGACAACUGAAUCUCCUACUGGAUGCUCCUGUUAAAUAUCCUAAUUAAUCAACCUUUAGAAAUUGUUGAAAUCAGGAGUCGAUUGUGCCCCAUCCCCACUGGGACACCUGGAAGCUUCCAAUAAAGGUGCCCAUGUGCAGCCACAGCCAAUGUCCAACAGCAGCUCCAUCAGCCACUUCCUCCUGCUGGCACUGGCAGAGACGCGGCAGCUGCAGCUCCUGCACUUCUGCCUCUUGCUGGGCAUCUCCCUGGCUGCCCUCCUGGGCAACGGCCUCAUCAUCAGCGCCGUAGCCUGCGGCCACCACCUGCACACACCCAUGUUCUUCUUCCUGCUCAACCUGGCCCUCAGCGACCUGGGCUCCAUCUGCACCACUGUCCCCAAAGCCAUGCACAAUUCCCUCUGGGACACCAGCACCAUCUCCUACAAAGGAUGUGCUGCACAGGUCUUCUUUUUUGUUUUCUGCGCUGUAACAGAGUUUUAUCUCCUGACCAUCAUGUGCUACGACCGCUACGUGUCCAUCUGCAAACCCCUGCACUACGGGACCCUCCUGGGCAGCAGAGCUUGUGCCCACAUGGCAGCAGCUGCCUGGGCCGGUGGCUUUCUCAAUGCUCUGCUGCACACAGCCAAUACAUUUUCCCUGCCCCUGUGCCAUGGCAAGGCCCUGGGCCAGUUCUUCUGUGAAAUCCCACAGAUCCUCAAGCUCUCCUGCUCCAAAUCCUACCUCAGGGAACUUGGGCUACUUGCUUUUAGUGCUUGUUUGUUAUUUUGUUGUUUUGUGUUCAUUGUUUUCUCCUAUGUGCAGAUCUUCAGGGUCGUGCUGAGGAUUCCCUCUGAGCAGGGACGGCACAAAGCCUUUUCUACCUGCCUCCCUCACCUGGCUGUGGUCUCCCUGUUUGUCAGCACUGCAGUGUUUGCUCACCUGAAGCCCCCCUCCAUCUCCUCCCCAUCCCUGGAUCUGGCCCUGUCAGUUCUGUACUCAGUGGUGCCUCCAGCCUUGAACCCCCUCAUCUACAGCCUGAGGAACCAGGAGCUCAAGGCUGCAGUGUGGAGACUGAUGACUGGAUGGUUUCAGAAACAUUAAACUGCUGGCCAAUUUCUGCCAA